CUCUCGAAACUCAAACUCUGAUGUUUGCAUAUAUGAGAUACCCGUCACUCAUGCACCCACCCUUCAUCUGUUUAUUCGUACAUGAGUAGAAGGAUUCCUAUGCUAUGUGCAGAUCCAUGAGUACCAUAGGAGACAUCCAGCUGCACGCACUAGUUGUUGAUGCCAAUGAGGAACAUGAAGCACUGCUCAAACAGGAGCCUCAAGUGGAGAGUGAGAUUGGAACUUAUCACUUGCCUUCAGACGAUUGAUAGCAACAACUAUCCUGAGACUUUGAAUUGUAUGUUUAUCAUCAAUGCUGGUUCUGGUUUUAGAAUGUUGUGGAGCACUGUGAAGUCCUUCCUUGAUCCCAAGACAACUGAAAAGAUUAAUGUCCUUGGUGACAAGAGCAAGUUACUUCAAAUAAUUGAUGCUAGAUGGCUUUUCUUGGCAUGUCACCCUCGCUUGUGGCUGCAAGUUGAACGAUCCAUUAAAGAUCCAUUGGAGCCUGGCGUCUUCCCCAGUAUUGAGACAGCGGUUGCUGCCGCAAGGCUUGGCGACACCAUUCUAAUUUCAGCAGGGGGAAAGCAUCUUGCUUCUGAUACUUAAAUAGAAAAGCCACUUUGCCUGGUUUAGUGAAGUUAUAGCAGACUAGCGUGAUACAAGUUAAGUUGUGAACUAAGCAAUUCACUUAACCAGACUUGUUGAGAACUAUGGUUUGGUUUCAAUAUGCCGUAGGAAAUUGAUCAUAUAUCUCUGCAUCCCUAAUGUAUCCUAAAGUGAGUCUGCCUUUGCAAAAAAGUGAUGCCACUUUACUUUAUCUCAUAAAUUAACAAUUAAGCGGUAGGUCAUUUUGUUCUCCAUUUUCUAUCUCAAGUUACUUUGUUCAGAUUGGUGGAAGUGAGCUGCCGGAUGAGACAACCCUCAUUUGUUCUCGAGGUGCAGACAGGUUUGCUAAUGCAUUGGAGUUCCUGUCCACCUGCAAAUUGGCAAACUUAACUGUAAAGGCAGAGCCGGGUUGUUGCUUGCUUCAUAGAAGUGGAAGACUCACAAUAGAUGGGUGCGUGCUUCAGUGCCAGACAAAUCCCCUAGACUUCCUUUCAGUCCCCAUUGUGAGUACGGCAAGUGCGCAAACUCUGUUGUCUUCAACGGUGAAGUGUUAUAAGGAUGGUGUUUCUGUUUCUCGGACUCAAAUUGGAGGUGCCAACUGCCAAGGCUGUUUCAACUAGUGGAGGCCUCUGACAUUGCAGUGAGACCGAGUCAUUCAUGCUCGGACGUCGACUCUUGUUUUCUGGUUUGAUAUGGAGCAACAAUGAUGUCUUGCAUUCCUAGUUGGCAUUUGUACAAUAGUAAUUGUUUUUUUCUUUUUGGUAAACUAUGUACAAUAGUAAUUUGGAGUUGUUGCAUUUAUUUCAUGGGUAAUAAUUUCGAGGAUGUCUUUCUUACUGUUGUAAAGGUCAUUGCUAAAAUGGGAUAAUAAAUGAAAAUGAAUUGUGGGUGAAAUAUUCUUGCAAG